AUCGCCAGUUAGUCGCUCUUCGAUCAUGGUUUCGUUCACAGUUGGAUUUGCUGUCAUCCUGACGAUGGCGCUCUUAUCAGCAUCCGAAGGCACGGAUACCUGUGGACAGAAGAAAAUAAUUGCGCAGGAGUUCAUCUCGAAUGGAUACAAAGUCUUGGCCGGUGCAUGGCCCUGGCACGGAGCGUUGUUCAUCAGGAACCAGCGAAGCCACGAGUAUGCCUGCGGAGUAACGAUCCUUACGGAGAAGUUCGUUAUUACGGCUGCUCAUUGUACGCUUGAUCCGAAUGAAGGUCAGCGACUUCCGUCUGGCCGAGUGUUCAUCAAAGUUGGACAGAAUAAUCUGGAUGCAACGGAAAAAUACGCCCAACAGCACAACAUCGAAAGAAUCAUUCGCCAUGACGGCUAUGACGUAAGAACGUUCGAAGACGAUAUUGCGUUGAUGAAAUUGUACACGGAAAUAACGUUCAAUAGCGCAGUUCAGCCGAUUUGUCUCUGGCAGGGAGAUUCCUCGCUGAGUAAGGUCGUUGGAAAGAUUGGCCACAUUGUUGGAUGGGGCCGAAAUGAGCUAUUUGGGUUACCAAAAGAUUUAUACGAAGUCACAGUUCCCAUCAUCUCGAAACAGGACUGCAUCGAUAGUGAUCCAGCCCAUUACGACAAAUUUUAUCACGGAACAAAAACGUUCUGCGCCGGUUACGUCAACGGAACUUCUGCCGGGCAAAUAGAUAGUGGUGGUGGUCUUUUUCUACGUAUUGGCAAUCACUGGCUUCUGCGCGGUAUCGUCAGUAAUGGUAAACUUGAUCCCAAUACGUUGGCCAUCAACAGUAAAAGCUACGUUACGUUCACCGAUGUCUCCAACUACUUGCCAUGGAUUGCAUCGUUCGUGCAGAUUUCAAAUUUCAGAAAUGGCGGUCUUGCUAACCUGCUGGACAUUGCCGAUUGCGGGAAGGAUUCCUACCCAUUGGGUACUCCCGAAGAGUUAAAACGAUCGCUGAACCAAUACCCCUGGUUGGCGAUUAUAGAGUUUAUCAACCUUAAUACACGCGCACUUGAAGAUAUUUGCCACGGAGUGUUGAUACACCCUAAAUUCCUCCUAACUGCAGCCCACUGUGUGCUACGGAAACGUGAAUCAUUCAUUCGUAAUGUUCGGCUCAACGACUACCGGUCUGAUACGACAACGGACAUUUUCGAAGUGAAUGGCCAAACAAUUCGUACCACGGCCGAUCGAAUCGCCGUAAAGGGUAUUUCCGUUCAUCCACGCUACAACGAUCCCAAAUUUACCAACAACAUUGCCUUGGUAAAGCUUGGGGCUGCUGCAACUCAGAACCCAAUCUGCCUACCCCUGAGCGAAUCCACACUACCAUCGAAUAAAUCGUUCCACAUCAUUGGAUGGAAGAAAAGUUCCCGCGCGGAGAAGCCGCUGAUCCGGAAUGUGGUAUCGCUGGCCCAGUUCGAUGGCUGCAGGCAAAAGUACGCAGGAACCAACAUCCAGCUGGACACAACCGGAGGACAGGUGUGUAGUACCUACAACCACGAUGAUGACGAUAGCAGCUGCUCGCACUACAUGGGAUCGGCGCCGUUCCAGUACGUUAAGAAUGGACCGUUGAAGGGCCGAUACUUUUUGGCGGCGAUUUCCAGCUUCGAUCAUACCAACUGCAGGCGAGACGAUUUCUCCGAUGUGUUCACCAAUGUGGCUCACUAUGCCGAUUGGAUUCGUGAAAAGGUGAAAGCCAACGAAUGAUGAAACUGGCCAAAAAGCUAAACUAUUGUGACUAACUUUGUAGAAAAUGUGAUGUGAAAGAGAUUAUUAUAAAAAUGAUAAAUUAAAAACAAACUCUCAAA